AUGCACGGAUACCGAACAUACAACAUGGAGAAUCACCAUCACGACUCCAAUGCCGUGGACCAGAAGCCCCUCGUGGUCGACCUCAUGGCCACGCAAUACGGCAAACCCCAGACGCCGCCGCCUUCUCCAAAUGAGUGCCUCUCCAGUCCGGACAACUCGCUGAACGGCAGCCGCAACUCCGAGAUUCCCGCUGAUCCGUCGGUUCGACGCUACCGAACCGCCUUCACCCGCGAUCAGCUUGGACGUCUCGAGAAGGAGUUCUACAAGGAAAACUACGUGUCCCGCCCGCGUCGCUGCGAGCUUGCCGCCCAGCUCAACCUGCCGGAAUCCACCAUCAAGGUGUGGUUCCAGAACCGUCGCAUGAAGGACAAGCGCCAGCGCAUCGCCGUCGCCUGGCCCUACGCCGCCGUUUACUCCGACCCCGCUUUCGCCGCUUCCAUCCUGCAAGCGGCUGCCAAUAGCGUGGGCAUGCCCUAUCCCCCAUACGCCGCUGCCGCCGCAGCUGCCGCCUCCAAUCCGAUGCUUCCCACGAUGACAGCGAUGCCCUCGAUGCAGUCCAUGCAGUCGAUGCAGCAGAUGCAGUCCAUGCAGUCCAUGCAGUCGAUGCAGGUCCCCGUCGGAGGGCACGCACCCUCGCCGUACGGACAAUACCGCUACAGUCCGUACCACAUUCCCGAACGCCCGCACCACGCGCCGCACAUGCACCCACACGGGAUGAUGGGAGCUGCCGCCGCCUCCUCUGCAAUGGGAUAUCCUGGAGCAGCCAUUGCCGCCGCCAUGCCCUCUGCCUCCUGCUAUGCGGCCCUCACGGUACCCAAGACACAGACACCGCCGCUGGAUCUGCAGUCCUCCUCGUCGCCGCACUCCUCCACCCUCUCGCUCAGCCCCGUCGGCUCGGACCACACCAAGGUGUUCGACCGAAGCCCCGUUCCGGCGACUGCGACCACCACCACCACCACCAGCCCACUGCCAGCUCCUGGUCUCCUGAUGACCAGCGCCAAGCGUCCUGCCUCUGAGAUGUCGCCACCGACGACGGUGCUGGCGGAGCCCAAGCCUAAGCUCUUCAAACCCUACAAGACUGAGGCGUAG